GGGGCCGGGCCGUGCUGGCGGCCAUGUCGGCCCUGGAGAAGCAGCUGCACCUCGGCCGCCUCCCGCCGCGGCCCCCGCUGCCCGGCGGCGGCCAGGCCGGCUCCAAAAUGCGCAUGGGCCCUGGAAGAAAGCGUGAUUUCUCCCCGGUGCUUUGGAGCCAGUACUUUGAGUCUAUGGAGGACGUUGUGGUAGAAAACGAAACCGGCAAGGAUACUUUUCGAAUUUACAAAAGUGGCUCGGAGGGACCUGUCUUACUGCUCCUACACGGUGGAGGCCAUUCUGCUCUUUCCUGGGCUGUGUUUACUUCUGCAAUCAUUAGCAGGAUUCAGUGUAGGAUUGUGGCUUUAGAUCUCCGGGGCCAUGGAGAAACAAAAGUUAGGAAUCCUGAAGACCUGUCUGCAGAGACGAUGUCCAAAGAUGUUGGAAACGUGGUUGAAGCCCUGUACGGGGACCUCCCUCCCCCCAUCAUGCUCAUUGGGCACAGCAUGGGGGGUGCCAUUGCGGUGCACACGGCGGUCGCCAACUUGGUGCCGAGCUUACUGGGGCUGUGCAUGAUAGACGUUGUGGAAGGUACGGCCAUGGAUGCAUUGAACAGCAUGCAGAACUUCUUACGGAGUCGUCCCAAAACGUUCAAGUCGCUUGAGAAUGCAAUCGAGUGGAGUGUUAAAAGUGGACAAAUAAGAAAUCUUGAAUCUGCUCGAGUUUCUAUGGUCGGUCAAGUCAAACAGUGCGAGGGAGCUGCUAGUCCUGAAUGUCCUAAAGCCAUAGUGGAGGGCAUUAUUGAAGAGGAGGAGGAGGAGGAAGAGGAUGAUGAAGGGGGUGGCUCUGUCAACAAAAGGAAGAAGGAAGAUGACACAGAGACAAAGAAGGAGCACUUAUACACGUGGCGAAUUGAACUGGCGAAAACAGAAAAGUACUGGGAUGGCUGGUUCAGGGGGUUAUCUAACCUCUUCCUAAGCUGUCCAACUCCAAAGCUUUUGCUUUUAGCUGGUGUUGACAGGCUGGAUAAAGAUCUAACAAUUGGACAGAUGCAAGGGAAGUUCCAGAUGCAAGUCCUGCCACAGUGCGGCCACGCAGUCCAUGAAGAUGCUCCAGACAAGGUUGCUGAAGCUGUUGCGACGUUCCUGAUCCGUCACAGGUUUACAGAGCCCAUCGGUGGAUUCCAGUGCGUGUUUCCUGCUUGUUAAUACCCUGGUGUUCUCCAGCACUGAGUCAUGUUGUAAAUAAACUGCACCAGAGGCCACUGUGAUGUAUUCCAUAUCUCUUCAUCUCUCCGGUUCAGCAGCAGUGAGAAGUUGGUGUGAGAUUCGUCCCUUAGAACUAGUUCUCCAGAAUGUGUAAGCGCUUCGGGACUUCCUUGCUGGGAAGCAGCUCGUCUUGAAGACCGUGAAAAGCUCUUCAGACCCUCGGAAGUGGGCUCCUCUCUGCUGCCGCAAGGAAAAACCUCCUGAAAUCCCAAGUAGUCAAUCGCGCCCAGCUCCAUCCGUUCUCAGGCUUUCUUGGCCCCAACUGCAAAGGGGCUGUGUGGCCCAGAUCCACCGAGGCCAUUGCAGCAUUAUCCAAAGGCUUCGGGAUUUCUCCAUGGAAUCGUCUAAAUUUCUUUGAAGUGCCCCUUAGGUUUGUUUUUUUUUUUACACAUAAAAUGUUUCUCUCUAAAGCAGAGGAGGAAUUGGCUUCGUCGGGAGCUCGAGUCUCCUCUCACCGGUGUCAGCCUUAAGGGUUAAGCUGUGGCAGGAGCCUGAUGCUACUUUCCUGUGCCAAUUUAGCCAGGACUGGGAAACAAAAAGGUGAGGGGGGACCCUGAGCUCCAUUUCGGAGCCUCGCAGCUUUAACAUUCAUUUUCGAGUUCUCACUGAGGAAAAAGAGCCUGAAUAACAGGCACUUUGCCUAUUUGGCUGCUCUCUGCCUCUGGAAUGUGUUUAUGCUUCCCUUUGUGUAGCUGCCACACAUGACUGAGCAGAGAUCGGCAUCUUUGGGAUGAAAAAGAUGCAAGAAGUGCAGUAGAUAAAUCCUGGAAGAGCUUGGAGUCAAUCCUGCUGACGUGGAUGCCGCCGAGGUGCAGGCAGCUGAUGGCUGUGAUGUGUUCCCCCAGUACUGGAGGAAAGAUCUCGUGUUCCCUGUCCCUUCCUCGAUCGUUCCACUGCCUGCUUCCCAUGUUCCCCUGUAAAUCAGUAGUUGUACCAAGAACUUUUCUCUUCAGGGCUCAUUAUCCACAGACAAUUUCGUCCGAUUUGCUUUCACCUCCCUUUAAGAAUCCCUCCUGAGCCGAAGAGCAGGCGCGUGCUGGAGCUGUGACCUCGCUGCGUUGCUGGUGGUUGUCUGAAAUCUUCUUUGGUUUGCUUCGUGUCCGUCGCCCACCCGUGCUGUAUGAUGGAAGCAGCAUUUUGAAGGCUGUUUUGCUGAGGCGUGCUGCGGGUAGCGAGCCACGACGAGUUCCUGCUGCAGGUGGGGCACGGAGAAGGGGGUGAGCAUCACGCCGUGUCCCUUCCCCAGCACACCAGGGCAAGAAAAGCAGAAUUAGAGGCAAGAACACCCGAUUCCAGCGCGCUCUGCUCUCUCCCAGGCCACUGGCACUGUUAGAAGAGUAAUUGCUGGCUCCUGGCCUUCCUCUCUGUAAGUUUUUGUGUUAAUUAUCGCAGAAAUUCACUGCGACCGUGGGGUUACAGCCAGCCCCGGGCUAGCUGGUGCUGGAUUAAAUGGAGCUUCGCCAGCCGAGAUGUUAAAUAUCACUUUUCCAGAUGCGACCUGAAGAUUAGCAAAAUUCCCAGUCCUUUCCUCGUUGCUCUGGUGCUCAAAAUAAUUGGAGACUAAAAUACAACGGCGUGUGCGCAGAGAAAACCAAGCGUCUUGUCAGACUUGUGAGCAAUGUGGGUGAAGUCGCAUUCCUCCCUGCUUCGUGUCCUGGAGGAGCUGGCUUGGAGCACUUCGCUGAGGCAGCUCCUCACGUCUGCUGCCCUUGUUUUGAUGGUUUGAGAGAAAUUUUGGGAAAAAAACACCUCCAUUUGAGCAGAAAAAGAUGCGUUUGCUGCAGAAAUACCCCUUGGAAGUGGCACGACUGUCUGUGAGUGCCGUGGGCUCCUCAUACAUUAACACCAAAUUUAAUUCUGAGAAGUGGAUGAGAAAUGAAUACUUCAACAGGCUUUUAACGUGGCAACGCUCCACACCAAGCUCUUGGUCCUGACUGUCACAGAAUUUGGGGACUGGCAUCGUGUCCGUCUGGGGAUGGGAACGGUGCUGGCCUCGGAGCAGGUAACCCCAGGAUGGCAGCAGUGGGAGGGCUGGGAAUCCCUUCCUGCUGUGCUGGGCUGAACAUUUUUGAGAGUUUGCUUCUGUCUGAAAGAUUUCUUGCAGCUUCUUCUCUUUUUUUUUCCUGGGAGGAAGGAGCGACAGGCAGUGAUAAAUGGUGUCUGGGUGAGGACCACGCAGCAAACAGCAGAAGGAGCUGCGGAGAGAAGUGUCCCGGACUCAUUAAAAGUGGGGAAAUCUGGAAAAAAAACCCUCGGUUGCCAGCUCGUUGCACUUUCUCACAGCCCUCAGCGUUUUUUCUCUUGGUGUUAGACCUAAACAACAGGAGGCUGAACAGAAAGGACGCGGGUUCCACGCCGGAGCUUUCCAUCCCUCACAAAUCUCCCCUUGCCCUUGUUCCAGCGGCUGCAGGGAGCAUCGGUGGAAACUUUCACAAUGGAAAAAAUCCCCGGGUUUGGCAGGAGCAGCUGAUGUGGUUUGCUGGAGGGUUGAUUUCGUGAAUUUUUCGGAGCCAGAACCGGGCUGGAUCCUGCCAGAUGCCUCGGACCAAACUCAGGGCUGAAGGGCUGGAAUUUAUCUCCAGGUGGCUGCUGCGUGGAGCUUGCUUCCCAGCCUCGUUUUUGGGGCCGUGCUGCUCGGCUUACCCUGGUCAGACGCCUUCAGGAGCAAAGCAGGGAGGAGAUUUCCCGAAAAAAACAAUUAAAAAUCGCGGUGCUUACUGCAACCAGAGGUCAGUGUCUCUGCCACGCCGAAGAAAUGAGCGCUGGUGGUGAAGAAUGAAAGUGCAGAGGGCUGCGGGCUGCCCUUAGGGCUGUAAGGAUCCCAAACCCAGCUGGAUUUCCUCCCCCAGAGCCAGACAGUGGGUUUUGAGAAUCCCAGCUGCUUUUCCUUUUUUUUUUGGCACAGGGGAAGGGCUGGGUGACCCCAAGCCAGCCUGGUCCUGCUCUGUGUGGUUUCAGCUCUCACCCUUCCAGCUUCUCCCGUCUCUGCAGGGCACAGCCACUGGGUUUCUGCUCUGCUGAAGCCAUCCCAAGGCAGCAGGGCUUCAAAUCCUACAAAUUCUGCUGCCCUUGGGGUGAGCAGGGGCCAGGACAGCCCCAAGGGAGCUGCUCUGCCCCUUCUCCCCUUCACUACUUGCCUUUUAGCUGGGGUGUGGAUGCCUCCAGCAUCCCCAAAACAGCCCAAAUCCUUGGGAUAACCCUUUGGGAUUUUGCUCCGAGCUCUGCUGGGGGAAUGCUGGCCCCGUGGGAGGAUUUCCAGCCGGGUGUAGCUCCCCGGUGCCCUCUUGUCAUCGCUGUCUGUCCCCCCCCUGAAGGAAAACGUGUCCCUGUCCGUCGCUUCCCUGUCGCUAUCUCGUUUGGUGUCCAUCUCUCGCCUCCCAAUAAAGCAUUUGUGCAAAGCC